AUGUCUCAGAUAAGACUAGGCCACCUGGACGAGCUGCAGGUGCAGCGGCUGGAGGAGAUGUGCAUCGUGGUUGAUGAGAACGAUCGGGUUAUUGGGGCUGAGACAAAGAAGAAUUGCCACUUGAAGGAAAACAUCGAAAAGGGCCUUUUACACCGUGGCUUCAGUGUUGUCCUGUUCAACAUGCAAGAUGAGCUCCUGGUGCAGCAGCGAUCAGAUGCCAAGUACACAUUUCCUGGGCAUCUCACUGACUCCUGCUCCAGUCACCCCCUGAGCAAUCCUGCAGAGCUGGAGGAGAAAGACGCCCUGGGAGUGAGGCGCGCGGCCCACAGGCGCCUGCAGGCCGAGCUGGGCAUUCCCCCCGAGCAGAUUUCCAUAGAAGAUAUAAUUUUUGUGACUCGAAUUUACCACAAUAGUCCAUCAGACGACACCUGGGGAGACCACGAAGUGGGCUAUCUUCUGUUGGUGAAGAAAGCUCUCACGCUGAACCCAGACUCCAGGGAGGUCAAAAGUUACCGCUACAUGACCAGGGAGGAGCUGGGGGAUGUCUUAGAUCGGGCAGCCCAGGGACUGGAGAAAGUCACCCCAUGGUUCAGGACCAUCAUGGAGGGCUUUGUGUUCAAGUGGUGGGGGAAGAAGCUACAGGAUGUGUCCCAGUUUGUGGAGCCUGACACAAUCCACAGACCGUGA